UCGGCCAUUUUGAUCUGACCAUGGCUGCCAUCGUCAUCGUCGUCGCGUAACGAUUAUUCUCGCGUAAACGCGUUUCACUUAUACUCUCGAUCGUUACCCGAGCCGCUCUCAAUUUAGAACGAUUGUCGCGGCGCCUGCACGUUUUGUAGCUCGAUAGUCUCCGGUAACCGAGGGACGCCUUGUCAUUCACGUUAUCUCUCCUCUCUUGUCCGCGAGCAACGUGAAAUUCUGUGGUCCGCUAAUGCGUGGCGUUUCAGAGAGCUCCCCGACUCGCGCAAUGGCGGAGGAUUUGGAUGUCGAGGCGAUGCUGGAGGCGCCGUAUAAGAAAGGGAUGGUACGUAACAUGUACCCUCGCGCUCAUAGGAUGUGCGCCAGCGAGUUCCUUGCACUUGAAAGACGACGAGGAGCAGGACUCCUCUUCCAAAGACAAGUCCUCCAAGGAGAAUGGGUCUAGUCGCAAAUCGUCUGGGAAAAGCAAACAUCGCUCGCGUUCUCGUUCACGAUCCCGAGAUCGCGAUCGCCGAGACAAAGAUCGACGGGAUCGCGACAGAGACAGGGAUCGAGACCGCGAUCGCGGCGACAGGGAUCGCGAUCGCGGCGAUCGCGAUCGUCGACGAAGAUCAAGAUCGCGCGACAGACGGGAUCGGGACAGGGAUCGGGACGGCGAACGAGAUAGGGAUAGACGAGACAGAGAUCGGGACAGGGACAGAAGGAGGAAGAGAUCGCUGACACCAUUGACCCUUCCUAGAGCCCGACCGCCGUUCGGCAAAGGUCACAGUCCGCUUGGAAUAAACGAUGAAUUAACACCAGAGGAACGAGAUGCUCGGACUGUCUUUUGUAUGCAGUUAAGUCAGCGAAUUCGUGCGCGCGAUUUGGAAGAAUUCUUCUCAAGUGUCGGCAAAGUACAGGAUGUCAGACUUAUCACGUGCAACAAAACUCGAAGAUUCAAAGGGAUUGCUUAUGUAGAAUUUAAAGACCCAGAGAGUGUGACACUUGCUCUUGGUCUAUCUGGUCAAAAGCUUCUUGGAGUGCCUAUCGUAGUACAGCAUACACAGGCUGAAAAGAAUCGCAUGGGUAAUUCGAUGCCGAAUCUAAUGCCUAAGGGACAAACAGGACCCAUGCGAUUAUACGUAGGAUCUCUACACUUUAACAUUACAGAAGAUAUGCUUCGCGGGAUCUUUGAACCCUUUGGAAAGAUUGACAACAUACAAUUGAUUAUGGAUCCUGAAACGGGGCGCAGCAAGGGUUACGGUUUCCUGACUUUCAGAAAUGCAGACGACGCAAAAAAAGCGUUGGAACAACUGAAUGGAUUUGAGCUCGCUGGUAGACCUAUGAAAGUUGGAAACGUAACGGAACGAACCGACUUGAUUCAAGGACCUUCUCUACUCGAUACUGAUGAGCUAGAUCGUAGUGGAAUUGAUCUCGGAGCGACUGGAAGAAGGUUACAAUUGAUGUUCAAAUUGGCGGAAGGUACUGGCCUGGAAAUUCCUCCCGCUGCAGCAAACGCUUUAAAUAUGGCACCAGUAAUGGCGCAGCCGCAACCACCACCUCAAGCUGCACCUCCCAUUGCGACACAGUGUUUCAUGUUAUCGAACAUGUUUGAUCCGCAAAAUGAGACGAAUCCUAACUGGGCAAAAGAGAUCCGCGAUGACGUGAUCGAGGAAUGUAACAAGCAUGGGGGCGUUCUGCACGUAUAUGUGGAUCAAGCAUCACCGCAGGGCAACGUUUACGUGAAAUGCCCGUCGAUCGCGACUGCCGUGGCGGCGGUGAACUCGUUGCAUGGUCGAUGGUUCGCUGGCCGUGUCAUAACCGCAGCCUACGUACCGGUGGUGAAUUAUCACUCGUUAUUCCCCGAUGCGAUGACUGCGUUGCAACUGUUGGUGCCAAGUGCGCCGCGAAGAGGAAUGUGAUGAUCCUGAACGAGCGAGCAAGCAAGCGAGCAACAAUCGUCUGCUGAUGUGUAAAUCCUUGCGUAGUAUUGUGUUCUUCUCUCUCUAUCUCACAUUUUCUUGUUGCUGUCUGGUGAAAUCGCAUUUUUUAUUUGUUGAUAAAAUGGGGAAAGGAGGCACUCUAAGCAACAGGUUUCAAUGAUGUCACUCUGAUAUGUUGUCACUUGUGUCACGCAUAAAUUCAUUGUAGUAGUCUAAACAUGCGAUAAGUUCGAUUCGUUUCACGGCACGUCCAUUGUUCGCGUGAGUUUUGAUGGCAAUCAAAAUUUGUGACUGUUGAAGGUUGUUUGACAUUUGCAUCUGACUUCAAAUGUGAAUUGAAGGAUUUAUGGACCCUAAAAUAUAUGAUUCUGUGCUACGUUGUAUAUAUAUUUAUAUUAUUUCAUAAUUUUCUAUUUAGUUUCCCCUUGUAAUAUGAAGCAAUAUAAUAUAAAUACUGAUUGUUCUAAUUUUUUUGCGAUAUUAUAAUACAUAUAAUGCAAUUAUGAAAUUGAUGUCUUUUAUUUGUAAAGGAGCAAAGGCUGCGAUAUCGGCGAUAUGAUUUUGAAAUUGAUUUUUUUUUGCCAAAACCUGCAUGAAGAUGUAUCCAUACGCUGAAAAGCGUAAGGACGUCAAAGUUAGAUUCAAAGCACUAACAAUCAGUAAGAUAACUCGCGUAACUUCGUUUUUGAGUAAGGACAAUUGUGUUUUUAUUUCUUUUAAAAUUUACAGACACCUAAAUGUUAACGCGAUGCGGAUAUUUCACUUUAUAUGUCGAUGUAUUAUGUUUCGCAAUUGAAAUAGCAUGUUUUUGAAUAUUUUAAUGAGGUAUUCAAUCGAUCGUUCAUAGCAGUUACGUUGAAUAAAGAAAAGAAAGGCCUUAAUCCUUUCAUCCCUAAUCUAGUUCACGUAUUAAGUUUAUAUCUACAACGUAUAAAAAAAAACCUUAAUAUUAAAAGAAUAAAACAUCUUGUCAAUUUUGUAUCGUUUGAUUAAUCGAUUCUAUAUAAUUCCUGUACUACUUUUUAGUUUAUAUCCUUCCUAGAUUAUAAUUAUUUUUAGUAAUAUUAAAUAGGAAGAGAAAAUCCAACUUGAAUUUUUUCUCUAUAUUUUCGACUCAUCUAAGAGUAUAAAAAAUAAAAUUUUCACAAUAAUGCGUUAUUACAGGCUUAUUUGGGGAAGAAAGGAUUAAGGUAUUUUAGUGGUUACAAGGGCUUAGUGGCGAGCAUUACUUUAGAUACAUAUUAGAUUUGUUACAUUUAUAUGGAAGUGGAAGCAAAAUGUGAUAGAAAAGAGGUCUGCAGGUAUUAUAAAUUUUUCACUCGAAUAGUUAUUUCACGAUAAAGUACUCUUCUACAGUUUAGAAUAUUGCAUUAGAAUAAGACACGAUUUUAAUAAACUAUAAAUACAAUUGUGUUAUGUGAUCAAGAUAUAUAAAAUAUACAAUCCUUACUAUAAAAUUUUACUCUUUUCAACACACAACAGAAUUUUUAGUAUCGGGACAACCUACACCGGAUGCCCUGAAUAUUGCGCCGAAAAAUGGACCAAUUGAAGUGGAUUAAUUUUAUUUUUAAAGUUGCCGGUAAAUCUCAUUGCUGAAGUGCUUCUAUAUUAAAAAUAUGAGAUUCGAAAAAAAAAAAACAGCUAAUCAAGUCAGUACGGAAUAGAUUGAUUGAUUAAAGAAUAAGGUAAUUACAAAAUUUUGUAAUAAACAUUCUCAUUUGCGUUCGUAGAUUUAAACGCAACUGUUUAUUAAUAUAAUGCUUUUAUAUUAAACAGUCGCGUUUAAAUCUAGAACUAUACAAAAGAUAUCAGAAGUCCGAGUUUUGAAAUAAAACUGACAAUUUAUUUAAUUCGCAAAAUAUAGGAUGUAAAUUUUUAUGAUUAAAUUUAUCAUUGGUUAUUGAAUAAUUUUUAUGAAAGUUAAAUCAACAACAUUAUAAAUAUAUCAUAUACAGUGUUUCAUGUAACGUAACAAUCACGUAAUAAUUUUCGAAUCUACGGUAGAAAAAUAUAAAUAAAGAUAUUUUAAUUAUCGAAUAUCUAGGAAAGCAAAAUAAUUUUUUCUAUGUUUUUCUACGAUAUUCUAUUGGAUUUCUUUGAAACGCUUUGUAACUUAGAACUCAGAUAGCUGCAGACUAUAGAAUUUCUAUUCGUCACGCGCAAUUGUAGACUGGUAAAAUGGUAAAAUACAAAAAUUCAGAUUUUUCUCUUAAAAUAGAUGUAAAAAGAACUAAAAACAAUUUUGUAUACUGUAGUAGAAAGUUUGUAUUUCAAAUUUAAAGUCCCUCGUUAUCUGCAGACCUUUAGCCGAGCCGUCGAAGAAAAAAAAACAAUCUGUAUAUAACUUUUUGUAAAUUAACUCUAUACCUGUAGACAUAAGUAACAUCAUCAUUUUACUGUAUCUUCGUAUUACUGAAAUAUGAAUGUACACUUUGAUGAGAUAAAUGAAAUUAAUGUGAUGCACUUGGAAUGAAGGAUCUGUUCUAGAUUACGAGAA